GUCUCUGCCUCUCAACGAAAGCAAAGCGCAUUUAGGCAGCACAGCUUUCAGUCGCAAAAAUUCCCGAUAAAAACCCUAAAAUACCCUCGCGCUCCAUUCAAAUUUCCCACUCGCACCACCGAACCGAAAUGGCUUGAAACCAUGGAAUCCGCGCUACCUCCAGCCUCCGACCUCUCGCCCUCGAUCGUCUCAUUCCUCAACGACAAGUUCCGGACCAAUGCAAACUUGAACGGGGCUCCGGCUCUCCUGUCGGAGCUCCAAACCCAGUGCGGCGACUUGGAUCGAACCCUAAUCGACCUCAACCGGAGCCUCGGGUCCUCACUUCUAGCUUACGCUUCGUUCUCCGAUCGGGUCCACGGCGUCUUAGGCGACAUCAAUGCCCAAUUGACGGGUCUCGGAUCCUCCACUCGCUCUCGCAGUUCAGAUGGAGAAGGAAAGGAGAGAGCCGAGCAGAUUUUGGGGGAGGAGCUGCCGGCAUUGGCGAAGGAAGUGGCGAGGGUUGAGUCGGUUCGAACAUACGCAGAGACAGCAUUGAAGCUUCAAACUAUGAUUGGUGAUAUUGAAGAUGCAGUAUCGUCUACCAUGAAGAAAAACUCAUGGAAGCAUUCUUCGAAACAGAAUUCAGAAGAAAUGCGUCUGGUUGCUAUUAAAACACUUAAACUGAUAGAAGAUAUUUUAACUUCAGUUACAAAGACACACCCUCAAUGGGAACAUCUUGUGUCAGCAGUUGAUCACAGAGUAGAUCGAGCUCUGGCCAUUUUAAGACCCCAUGCUAUAGCAGAUCACCGGGCCCUCCUUACUUCCCUUGGAUGGCCACCGCCUCUUGCCAUUUUGACUUCCUCAACUCCAUAUACAGGGAGAUCAACUGAAGUUCUGAAUCCUCUUUUCACAAUGCAAGGAGACCUCAAAGACCAGUACUGCGAAAACUUUUUUGCCUUGUGCAGCUUACAGGAGUUGCAGAGACGAAGAAAAUCGCGUCAACUAGAGGGCUAUAAUCGGGAACUUGCUCUGCAUCAGCCACUUUGGGUGAUUGAAGAGCUUGUGAAUCCUAUAUCAUUGGCAUCCCAACGCCAUUUCACAAAAUGGGUUGAUAAGCCAGAAUUUAUAUUUGCUCUUGUCUACAAGAUCACCAGGGAUUAUGUUGACUCUAUGGAUGAGUUAUUGCAACCACUGGUUGAUGAAGCAAUGUUAACAGGGUACAGUUGCAGAGAAGAAUGGAUUUCAGCAAUGGUAUCUUCCUUAUCAACAUACUUGGCAAAAGAGAUAUUCCCAAAAUAUGCUGGACAACUGGAUGAAGAUAGCACAACGGGUAGUCAGUCACAGGCUAGAAUAUCCUGGCUUUAUCUUGUUGACUUGAUGAUAUCGUUUGAUAAACAAAUCAAGUCUCUGAUAGAACAUUCUGGAAUCUUGCUUUCACUUCAGGAUGAUGGGGACUUCUCAAAGGUUUCUUCUCUAUCUGUUUUCUGUGAUCGACCAGAUUGGCUUGAUUUAUGGGCAGAGAUAGAAUUAAGUGAUAUACUAGAAAAGUUGAAACCUGACACUAGUGAUGAGAGAAAUUGGACCAUGAAAGUCCAAGGAGCAGUUCUUUUAUCUGCUACUGAAGAUUACAAAGCUCCUGCAGUUUGCAGUGCCUAUCUUCGUUGUCUAUCAUCUGUGGUUGAUCGUUGUCGAUCAUUGCCUAGCAUCUCUAUGAGGUCCAGGUUUCUCAGAUUAGCUGCAGUACCUAUUAUACAAAAAUUCUUGGACUGCUUACUCAUCAGGUGCCAAGAAGCUGAAGGUCUGACUGCCUUGACGGAUGAUGAUGCCCUAGUUAAAGUUGCAAACUCCAUUAAUGCUGCUCGCUACUUCGAAUCUGUUUUAAAGGAAUGGAGUGAGGACGUCUUUUUCCUUGAGAUAUGGUCAGGUCAAAGUGAUCAGCUGGGAAUAUCAGUUGGUGAUCAAAAUGGUAAUGUAGAACCAGUGGAAGGUCUUGAAAGUGGUAUUUUCUAUGAGGAGAUUGUAAAGUUGGAGGAGUUUAGAAUAGAAUGGGCUGAAAAAUUGUCUGUUGUUAUAUUGAGGGGAUUUGAUGCUCAAUGUCGAGAUUAUAUGAAGAACAGGAGGCAGUGGCAGGAAAAGAGUGAGGACGGUUGGACAGUGUCCAAAUUUUUAGUUGGUGCUCUAGAUUAUUUGCAAGGUAAAAUGUCAGUUGUAGAAAAUGGUUUGAACGGGAUAGACUUUGUUGGGGUGUGGAGAAGUUUGGCAGCUGGGAUAGAUCGCUCAUUUUUCAAUGGUAUUCUAAUGAGCAACGUGAAGUUUUACGAUGGCGGAGUUGAGAGGUUUGGCAGUGAUUUGGAGGUUUUAUUUGGGGCAUUUGGAGCUUGGUGUUUGAGACCUGAGGGCUUUUUCCCCAGAGUAAGUGAGGGCUUAAAGUUGUUGAAGAUGGAAGAAGAGAAACUUCAAAACAGUUUGGCAGGAGGUGAGAAAUGGAUGAAGGAGAAUGGGAUUAGACAUUUGAAUGUACCAGAUGUAGAAAAGAUUGUGAAGAGUAGAGUCUUUACCAGUUGAGGGCUCCCAAGUGUUGUGUUGUACAUGAUUUAGGAUCCCUUGGAUUGACCCAUUUAAUUUUUUUUUUUUAAAUUUAUAAAAAACACACAGUAAAGGGAAAAAAGUUUGCCUUUUUUACUCUGGGAAGAUAGUUCAGUUCAUUGUAGUUGCAGCUUGAGAAAAUUAUUCCCUUUGAUUAUUGUUAAUUCAAAUGGAUCCUCUUAACAUCUGUGUAAUGUUGGAAUAAUGAUAGUUGUUUAUGGCAUGCUUGAA